GGGCACAAGUGUGACCUUGUAGGACGCUACAAAUAUCCACUGGCAUGUUUUAUACAGUUUACUACACCUUCACCACCUCGGACUGCAGCCGAACUUCUUCUGCUGUGAAAUAUCUUUUUCAUUAUUAACCAGAAAGCGGAUAGCUAAAGUUAGCUUAAUUCCCCUUUCUUGGACCGCCUUAUAAACUAAGAAGAAUAAAGAAACGAUUACCGUUAUUAUUCAUUUGUCGACUAAAAAACGCUCCUGCAGAAUAGAAGUUCUGCAAACAUCUUGCAGAAACCUGCAGAAACCAUCGAGAAAACGGACCACAAAGAUCAGUCAACAAGGUCAACUUUGAAUACGUUUCUUUGUUACUGUUUGCACAGUGAAGGGAACUUGCAGAUAAAAACACAGCAGGCUCAGUAGCCACGUUUCAACGGCAUCAAUCCUCCGCUUCUUCUAGGCUGUGGUCGAACUUUUACGCACUGUUGUCUCGGGAGUCACCUUCAUCAUGACGCGAAGAUCUUGUGCGAUAUAUGGAGUCGGGAUUGUCUGCGCCAGUCUGCUGGUCAUCGGGAUUAGUUUGACUGUGGCUCAAGUAUUUCAAACUUUAAUCCAUAACCGGUUAAAAAAGGAGAUAACUCUGACAGAGGGUAGUCGUGUGUUUGAGACAUGGAAAAACCCUCCUCCUCCCGUCUUCAUGCAGUACUUCUUCUUCAACGUCACCAACCCAGAUGACUUCCUGGUUGGAGCCAAGCCUAUCGUCUCUCAGGUCGGCCCUUACACAUACAGGGAGUACAGGGCCAAGGAGAAUGUGACUUUUGUAGAUAAUGGGACCAGAGUGUCUGCCUACCAACCCAAGACAUUUGUGUUCCUGCCAGAGCGCUCUGUAGGUGAUCCUGAUGAUGACAUGAUCACAACCAUCAAUAUCCCAGCUGUGGCGGUGAUGAACAAGGUGAAGGAUAGUUUCUGGAAGAGUUCGAUGGUAUCUGUAUGGAUGAACUCCCUGCAAGUCGGCAUGUUCAUGACGCGCUCCGUCAACGAGCUGCUGUGGGGCUUCAAGGACCCUCUGUUGUCCCGCAUCCAUCCCAUAAACCCAGAGAUCGACGAGUACUUUGGCCUAAUGUACAAGAAAAAUGGAAGCAACGAUGGUGAAUUUGUUUAUCAUACCGGGGAGGCGGACUUCAUGGACUACGGCAGGGUAGCCACGUUUAAAGGGGAAAGUAAACUGAGCCUGUGGACGUCUGAGCAGAGUAAUAUGAUCAACGGUACAGACGGCAGUGCCUUCCACCCCCUGCUGUCCAAGACGGAGAGACUGUACAUCUUCAGUCCCGAUCUGUGCAGGUCCAUCUUCAUGGAGUUUGAGAAAGAUGUGAAGGUGAAGGGGCUCCCAGCGUAUCGUUUCACCCCUCCUCGUGAUGUCCUGGCAAGCAAGGAGGAGAACCCAGCCAACGAAGGAUUCUGUGUCUCCCCCAAAGAGUGCCUGGGCACCGGCUUGCUCAAAGUCAGCGUAUGCCGAAAAGGUGCUCCAGUCGUGACAUCCUUUCCUCAUUUCUACCUGGGAGAUGAGAAGUACUCUAAUGCCAUUGUGGGACUGGAUCCUGUCAGAGAGCAUCACCAGACCUACCUGGACCUGAACCCGACCACUGGUGUUCCUAUCCGUGCCAGUAAGAGAGCUCAGAUCAACAUCCUCAUAAACAGAAUCUCUGGCUUCCCGAAAACCAAAUCCCUGAACGAGACUAUCUUCCCUGUCAUGUUUAUCAACGAGACGGUAGUGAUCGACGACGUGUCGGCGGCGAAGCUCCACAAGCUGUUGCUAAUGGUGUCGCUGGUGUCCAACUUCCCUCUCGUCCUGGUUGGUCUGGGGGCCAUCCUGUUGCUGGUGUUCAUCGGCCUCAUCGUCUGCGAAUGCAAACAGAAGAAGUCAACAAAGGAAGACACAUCUUAUUCCCCUGUGAGCAACAAGGAGGCUGACGAAAAAAAUGGCUGCAGCUACGUUGCCUUGACUCCCGUUAUUGACAAGUCUUGAGGAGGGAAUGGGAAGGCUUUAUGGAGAGACAGAUGUAGGAUCUUAAUAUGAACCAGUUUGCUACAGCAGUAAAAUAAUCCUGCUUCAAUAGGAAAUGUGAAUUAUGUGGAUUAUAAUUAAUGGACAUUUUUGUAGGGUUUUUAAAAGUCAAAAAACACAGCAAGUUUGCAAUUCUCAGAAACAAAACAGUGAUAAAAUUACGAUCCUACAUCUGUAUAUCAUAUAUAUCAGUGUGAGUUGCUGUUCAGGGCUGGAUCGUUGUAAAUCAUUGUGGCACUAGUUAGACUACUUUGAUAUGUCUCCGUUGUUUUGUUUUGUUACUUGGUUUAUUUGGAUCUGGUUCAACCCACAAAGUGAGGCUAAUCUUCCCAAAGUCCCUGUUAACUCACAAGGUGGGGCUAAUCUUCCCAAAGUCCCUGUUAACUCACAAGGUGGGGCUAAUCUUCCCAAAGUCCUUGUUAACCCACAAGGUGGGGCUAAUCUUCCCAAAGUCCUUGUUAACCCACAAGGUGAGGCUAAUCUUCCCAAAGUCCCUGUUAACUCACAAGGUGGGGCUAAUCUUCCCGAAGUCCCUGUUAACUCACAAGGUGGGGCUAAUCUUCCCAAAGUCCUUGUUAACCCACAAGGUGGGGCUAAUCUUCCCAAAGUCCCUGUUAACCCACAAGGUGGGGCUAAUCUUCCCGAAGUCCCUGUUAACUCACAAGGUGGGGCUAAUCUUCCCGAAGUCCCUGUUAACCCACAAGGUGGGGCUAAUCUUCCCAAAGUCCUUGUUAACCCACAAGGUGAGGCUAAUCUUCCCAAAGUCCUUGUUAACCCACAAGGUGGGGCUAAUCUUCCCGAAGUCCUUGUUAACCCACAAGGUGGGGCUAAUCUUCCCAAAGUCCCUGUUAACCCACAAGGUGGGGCUAAUCUUCCCGAAGUCCCUGUUAACUCACAAGGUGGGGCUAAUCUUCCCGAAGUCCCUGUUAACCCACAAGGUGGGGCUAAUCUUCCCAAAGUCCUUGUUAACCCACAAGGUGAGGCUAAUCUUCCCAAAGUGUUGACAUACAGUACAUGGCCAAUUUGACCAGCUGUUUCAAACAUUCUAUACAAUAUAAACUGUUUGAUACCUGUUAUUCAACAUUUUGUAAAAAAAAAAAAAAGGCUUUAUAAAUAUAUUUGAUUGAUUGACAGCUCUAAUGCAGUUCCACCCUCAACACCGUCAAAACAACUGCUAUUAGGAUGUUGGCUAAAGUGAACCCUUAAUCUGUAUCUGGGAAACCAGCCCUAGGUGUGUGCCCUAAAGAUGUGUCCUAAAGAUGUGUCCUAAAGAUGUGCCCUAAAGAUGUGUCCUAAAGAUGUGUCCUAAAGAUGUAUCUACAUUAUUCAGGUAUCAUUCCAUUCUCAGGGGCACUAUGCUAGAAACUAUGCACCUUGUGCAUCAUGAGAUGGCUUCAAAAGUGAUUAUUAUUAUGAAACCGUAAAGUGUCAAAGAAGGUCAAGGAAGUGGUGAGAUGCUCUACUGAACAACGAAGGCUAAAUAUUUCAUGUAAUGAGUGUCUUCUUAUUAAUGAAUUUGGAUUCAUAUUAAAACGAACAACAACAAAACAUAUUUGUAACGUUAGCUAUAAUUGUUACAUUUCUACGUAUUUUAUUUGUUCAUGCACUGUUUAAAUUUAUUUUCCAACUUGGUUGGUUGAAUGUUCAAAUUAGUGAACAAAAAUGCCGUCUGACUAUGUUUAUGUUAUUGAACAUAUCCACAAUACCAUCCAUACCUAAUUCAUGGUUCACCUUCACUUUCAACUUGCAUGUGGUGAUAUUUUGCAAGUGAGCAUUUUUAAGUGUUACGUAUCUGAUAUUCCAAAUGUGACAUCUUGCCUACAUUCCUUAGGUGAGACACCUGUACCCCAGUUGGUAUAUUCAUUAGGUGAGACGCCUGUACCCAGUUGGUAUAUUCAUUAGGUGAGACGCCUGUACCCAGUUGGUACAUUCCUUAGGUGAGACACCUGUACCCAGUUGGUAUAUUCAUUAGGUGAGACGCCUGUACCCAGUUGGUAUAUUCAUUAGGUGAGUGUUGAUCUGUAUCGGUCAGAUCUAUUAAAAACAAUACCACAUCAUUGGCUUAUUGCUGCCAUUGUGUGAACGAGCCAACAAACCUAUGGCACUCUGUAUACUGCGUAAAACAUGGACAGGUUUUGAUUGACUGAAUUGUUUCUGAGGCUUUUUGACACGUCAGACAAUUCUCCUGUGCCCUAUAGUGCGGGUGGCCUUCUUGUCUGAAACAAAAGAAUGAAGGCAAUGAAAAUGUGUAAUUUGAAGAUCAGAUCCCUUUAGAAUGUAUUUACAGGAUAGUGUUUUUACUAAUAGAAUAGAGUGUGUACUAAUGUGCAUUUCUGUUAUACAGGGAAGUCCAUAUGUUGUUGUGUUUUCUUUGGUUGAUAUUUUUUUUUGACAGAAAAAUGGACUGAAACUUUUAACUCACGUAUCAGGUUCUGAAUGAUCUAAAUGUAUUAUCAUCACUACAUUAUCUCUACAUUAUCUCUGCAUUUACCAUAGCUGCUGAUGAAACCAUAACUUCAGGUUUUGAUGCAAGGUUGUCAUCCUAAUGGCAAACAUUUUGGAAUCAAAGAUAAACAUGUAUAUCAUACUAAACUACUGGAAUUGUAGACAUUUUGCAGUGAUGUUGAAAGCCAAAUUGUGUAUUGCUUUCUAUUGUGAGCCGUUAAUAGGAGCUCAUUAGCAGACUGUCUAUCUAGAAAAUGUAUUGAGAGAAACGGGCUCCUUGGAUAUCUACAUAUGUUUAUUUUCAAUGGCAUCUCCUAUUGACAUUAUAUACAUUUGUAUUAUUAUGCCUAUAAUAGCCUUUGUGCAACUGCUUAACUGCUAUAGUCCUAUAGUGUAUUAAUGCUUUGUUAAUUGUUGAAAUUGAAAUGGACUUGCUUGAAUGAUUGCUCUUAUUGUAUUGUAAUGACUGUCUGAACGUAGCCUGACAAUGAGUGACGAGGAGUUGGCAUGACAGCGCCAACAAACAUGGCAAUCAGGCUAGUCUGACACCUCAAUGUUGAAAUCAACGCAUCAGAUCACUGAGUUUAACUAUUGAUGCAUUACUUUGUAACCCAGCUGUCUUCUCUUUUCUUUAAGAUAUGCCAAACAAAAGUAGCAGAACUUUUGCUUUCCUAGAUUACUUGUUGUGAAUUUAUUAGAUACUGUUUUACUUGUGACUCACUUGUUUAUGAGAUGCCAUGCUCUUACGUACUCAGUAUUAGUUACUCUGGUUGAAAAAUAGAAAAGCAGCAAUAGAAAUUUAUAGUUUGAAAAAUGAGUAAAUGUUAGCGUUUUCUUCUCUUAUUAUAAGUCUAAUCAGUCAUAUCAUUUCAUAUUUUGAUGUUAAUUUGUCUUUGGACUCUGUAUUUACUCUGUAGCAACCAUGUGCCUUGGUCUGUAAUGGAAUUACAGAACAUUGAAUGAAGAGGGCCUCGUUCACAGGUGGUUGGUGGCACCUUAAUUGGGGAGGACGGACUCGUGGUAAUGACUGGAGCGGGAUCAGUGGAAUGGUAUCAAAUACAUCAAACACAUGGUUUCCAGGUGUCUGAUGCCAUUCCAUUUGCUCCGUCCUGGCCAUUAUUAUGAGCCAUCCUCCCCUCAGCAGCCUCCGCUGGUUUAAUUUCACCCUCAGACUCUAUGGUGCAUUUUGUAAAACAUUAGAAACAGGACAAAAUUGGGAUACAACAACUAUCAGGAGAAUUGUAUAGGUAAAUUAUACACCAUAAAAUCAAAACCAUUCUACAUGUACAACCAUAGACAUCAGUGUACACACACAGCACUACUUGUUUUGUGCUUGAACGCCAUAGAUCACAUGUAAUUAAACUACUUUCCUCAGUCCCAAAGUCCUGUUUUCUGUAAUACAGCUAAAUGCUUUUCAUUGCAGCAGUCAAACAUAAUCCUUACAUUUAUCAUAGUUAUCAUUAUUUUUGGAAUGUAGACUGCAAAAAAGUUACUAAAAUAUUUUUGGGUAAAAAUAAAAUGUUAAACUUAUUUACAAUGAAAUAAAAGCAACCAUUUUGAUUGA